CUGUAGUCGUGAGCGGAGGCUCCAACGGCUACCGGUUUCCGGUUUCGCGCUCCGGAAGUGACGCAAACGGGCCGCGCCGCCCCUCCGAGCGCAGAGUCAGGGUCGCGAUGAGCCGUGUCUGGCGUGCGCCGGCCACCGGGGCUGUCCGGGCGCUGAGGUUCGUGCGCGGGGCUUCCCGACACCUGCAGCCGCCGCCGGGUGUCCGGGCUCAGGGCCAGCCCGCGGCCGAGGCUGAGGAAGAGGACGACCCUAACCGUCCCAUUCAGUUUUCCUCCAGCAAAGCCAGCCCGUCCCGCUGGAAAGUGCAGCACUCCCUGGGAGGGGAGCAGCAACGGCCCUGGUGGAGGGUGCUGCCCUUCAGCCUCUCGCUCAUGGCUCUGGUGGCCUGGUGCUUCUUCAGGCAGGAGACCAGCACGGACCGGUGGUUGAAACAGGUGUUGGGAGAAGAGGAGCCGGAGCCCGGCGAUCGUUCUCGGGAGCCUGGAGCUCCGACCGUCCACCAGGCGAGAACGUAGCGGGGUGCCGGCGGGGGCUAGCAGCGAGGAGACAGGCAGCCGCCCUUGGGCUUCUGACAUCGCGUUUGACCGUUUCUGCCUUGGUUACGCGCGUCCCCAGAGUGAAGGACUUGGCACAGCUGGCCACACCGACCCGCGUGAGGGCAGAGCAGAGUGUCCACAGAACGGAACCGGCUCUUCGCCUGAUACUUGCUGCCCAACGGAUACGCCCCCGAGACGUUGCUCUUUCCGACCCGUGGAAAGGGUUUUGGUUGCACUAUGUACCGUUGGAUUUGGGAUGUGUCUUUCUCCAACGCGAUCAUGUUUCCAAAGCAAUUCUGGUGACACUGGCAGUCCAGCGUAACCCAGUCUGCAGGUCGUUUGCUUUCUGAGACAGAAUAACUGGGAGAAGAGUGAAACUUUUUGUUUUUUAACCUACCGUGCUGUGUAGAAAUAGAUGUUAGUUUGACAAACUGACAAUUUUAAUUUGGUGAUGUGGAAUUAAGACAACCCCCUCCCUUUUUUGCAUCUCAUUAAAAAAAAAAAAAGGCCGGGGGGGGGGGGGUGGCGGGUGCCUUUUAGUCCUCUCCAGUUCCUUUGUUUUUCUGUUUUUCCAGAAUAGGAAGUGAGGAAAGAAACCUAAAUGUAAAUUGUGGGAUUUACAAAAGAUACCGGAAAUAAUGAACUUUCUCGGCUUUACAAAGUCUUAUUUUUAGCAAGGCAACAACUUUCUGAGAAUAAAACUGGGCAGCAUU